ACUCCGCGGCGGCGGCGGCCCGUCUCCACGUCAUCAUCCCCCGCCCCCACCUUCCCUCGCGCACCACCGCAGCUCUCGCCUACUAGUACUGCCGUUGCCGUGCCGUUUCCAUCUUCUAUCCCCCUCUCCCUCCCUCCCUCUCUUGCCCGCGCCCCGCGAUUUCUCCUACUCCUCUCUCCCUCUUCCUCUCGCUCCCCGCCCCGCGCCCGCGCCCACGCCGCGCGCCGCUUCGGGAUCUAUCUCGUCGUGGGAGAGGAGAGGAGAGGGGAGAAGGGUGAUGGCGGGGGACGGGGUGGACUGGGAGAGCCUGGCGGAGGCCACGUCGGGGGCGGUGGGGGCGCUCGUCAGCACCACCGUGCUCUACCCGCUCGACACCUGCAAGACCAAGUUCCAGGCCGAGCUCCAGACGCAGCCGGGCGCGCACAAGUACAGGAAUCUUUCAGAUGUCUUUUGGGAAGCUGUUCAGAAAAGACAAAUUCUAUCCCUUUAUCAGGGCCUUAAGACAAAGAACAUCCAAUCUUUCAUUUCGCAAUUCGUUUAUUUUUAUGGCUAUAGCUACUUCAAAAGACUUUACUUGGAGAAGAGUGGAAACAAGUCUAUUGGCACAAAAGCGAACUUGUUAGUUGCAGCUGCUGCUGGUGCUUGCACAGUUGUUGUCACUCAGCCACUAGAUACAGCAUCUUCUAGAAUGCAAACAAGUGCCUUUGGUAAGUCCAAAGGGCUUCGAGCAACUCUUGCCGAAGGCACUUGGCUUGAGGCAUUCGAUGGCUUGGGCAUUUCUCUUAUAUUAACAUGUAAUCCUUCUAUUCAGUAUACGGUAUUUGAUCAGCUCAAGCAAAAGCUAAUUCAGAGACAGAGACGUAAAAAUGCAGAAUCAGGGAGUGGUUCUUCACAAGUUGCUCUUUCUGCUUUCUCAGCAUUUCUCCUUGGUGCCAUCUCAAAAAGUGUUGCUACGAUAUUAACUUACCCACUAAUCAGGUGCAAGGUUAUGAUUCAGGCUGCAGACCCUGAUGAGGAUGAUGAUGAUGAAUCUGAAAAGCCAGGCAAAUCAAAAUCUCCCAAAACAAUGCUGGGUGCCUUGCAUGCCAUGUGGAUCAAGGAAGGCAUCCCAGGCUUAUUCAAAGGACUACAUGCUCAAAUAUUGAAGACUGUUCUGAGUUCUGCGUUGCUGCUGAUGAUAAAGGAGAAGAUUUCAAGGUUUACUUGGAUCUCACUGCUUGCGCUGCGGCGAUAUCUCUUUGUUUCUCAGAAGAGAAUCAAGAGUGCAUAACGUCUAUUACCUUUGUAAAAAAACAGUAGUCACCCAUGUGGGUAUUGCGGUAUUUUGAGAUCCUGUGCCAAAGAAUAAAUAUCAGGAAAUAAGGAACAAGUACAGAAAGCGAAACAUCACGUUAUACAUGUGAGAUCUUUUUAUUAGAGUCAGGGAAUGUUUCUGAAUAAAUUUGUUUGUUUCUUCUUUUACCCCUGAAUGUCUACAGCUGUUGAAAUGAAA